UGGAAACACUGAAUUUGGUCCGGGAUAUGAAAGUAUGCGUUACAUACAGUUCUGCUUGCCUAACGGUUUUUUCUCCUUGGAAAAGGGCAUUUAUUCCCAUUUCCAUUUCAACAGCACCUUUGGCUAGAGUGUUUUGCCUUCCAUUGAUCUUUCUGAUGCCAAUCCACCAAUCAGUACGAUUGAUUAGAUGUUGGUUGGAAUUAGUUAGAUGGUACCAUCCACUGAAUAUCACGAUACGUAUCGUGAUAUUCAGUGGGAUGUCCAGUUAGUUUCUAAGAAUCAUCAUAUUCUUUUGAGAAACAACGACCUUUAGUGGCUUAUUUUUCGAAAGACUUGUUUUGCUGUUUGUACCGUCGUAAUCCUUCUCGAUUUUAAAAUCGAGAACUGGUAGGAACAAUUGUUCCUACCAGUUUUUAUAAGUCAAGGUACGGAUAACUUUUGGGCGAGGUCUGUGUGACGGCGAGAUUAUAGUUUAUGUACGAACUGAUCACGUAUGAGAUAACAGGUUUUGGUUUUUGGCUCGGUAUCCACUCACUCAUUUGGAUGAAUACAUUUUCUGCAUUAUAGCUGAUGCCGGUUCGCGAUGAAAACCCGAAAUCUAUCUCCUAGCCCUAACCAUCAACUGUAAAUAUUAAUCCUAGUCCCUCACACAGGUUUUUAACCCUCAUUUGGUUCUGGCUAUUUGGUGGACACUCUCAAGGUCAGUCUAACGUCGCUCAAAUGUCGUCCAUGAAUUAUAGUCUUACCCCUCAGCUAACAUUCGAAAUACGUAGCAGUUUGACUUGACACUAUCUUAGCUGAGCGUUCCAGUGUUCAUUACUACAUUGAUCAGCAUCUUGAUUUAUAGACCAUUUCCUAAAUCAAGCAUUAUAAUUUAGCAGUCUGAACAUCGUUUUUUGUUUAACCCCCAUCAGAGUCACUUCCCAUGGUAGAUGCCAGUCUAUCAUACAUGAUAAAUUCUGUCAGUCAGUACAUAAUUACGAUCAUUGACUAACCUGUCGUCUACUUAGAACUCGAUGGUUAGUUUGAAUACUGGUAUCAAAAAACUGUAACCUUCUAGUUCCCUCUCUAAACAGCAGCACUAUUUUUAACGGGGACUGAUUGUCAUAUACUGUACUUUUUAAACACACGGUUGGUUACCUGUUCUACUCCAUGAAUGAUCUGAAUUUACAAUUGUUGAGGUAAUAAUUGUUAUUACGUUCUAUCACUUGCCAUGUAGCAUGCGUACUCAGUGAUUGAUACUACAUAACAUUCAUCCUGCUUUUAGUUUCUAUGUACACCUAUGCUUGUGUUUUUUAAAUUUUCCUAGGAUUCCAGCUUUCUUAUUGAGCUUGGUUUUGGAAAUUUCUAACCAUAAUUACUUUCGUAUCAUAUGUGCUUAUUUUCAUCUUUUUAUACUUUUGAAGGCAGAAAAAAGCAGCUUAGAUUCCUCUCCUGAAUUCCAUAGUCCUGGACAUUAUAAUAUGGAAAGCAGGAUAGAAUCUGUUACUCCUUUACUUCAUCGAUUUCCAUACUCCAUUGUAUGGACUCCAAUUCCCUUGUUAACGUAUGCUGUUAUAUGUGCUAACAUCACUACUAAUGAAGAUGGUUUUUUCCUGUAAUUGGACAUAUGGGAAUCGCUAAUUCAUAUGGUGUUAUAUAUGAUUUUGCAGCCCCUUAUACUAUUGGGGAAGACCAAAUGGCUUUUGGAUGGCCAACGAUGUAUUAUCAGCCCCAUGCUAGACUGAUAGGGAGUCGAGAGAUCUGGGACAAUGCUAUCUCUGAAGCAAAUGAAGUUUACAAAGGACGCGUGCAUAACCUUUUUUGUGAUAAUUGCCAUAGUCAUGUGGCAUAUGCUUUCAACAAAAUGCGAUUUCAAGAUAAAGAGAAUUGGAAUAUGUUCAGUGUUGCUGUAUUAUUAUUCUUUCAUGGAAAGUAUGUUAGUAAACGUCACUGUUUUACAUCAUGGUUUCCAUUCAUGAUUGUCGUAUGUGUAAUUUUGGCAAUCAUAUCAAUUAUUUUACAUAUCCAUUGAAUCUCACUUAUAACCAUCAUAUACAAACACUCAGAUUAUACUUGAGACUGAUCUAAUUCAACUUUUUUUUAGUUUAAUCCUAUUUAUUGUAAAAUAUGUCAUGUGUGUUUUCUAAUGUAUUAGAUCACCACACUAGCCUUUUUAUUUGAUUUUAUGAGUCCUCCACAUAUAAUUAAUAUCCUUGUUACAGGUGUGUUUACUCGUUCUUCCCAGCUUUAUGAUGAAACAGUUAUCAUUGAUGCCGAAUAUUUUAACAAAAAACAGCCAAAUUUUCUUUCACAUAUAUAUCAAUGUGACUAAAAUUUUAUUUAAAAGAACUUGUUUUCUGAUAUCGGUAUAAAAAUAAUAAUGAUAA